CAACCUGGAGAAAAUAAUAAUUCCAACAUAUCAGAAAAUGCAACUUAUAACAUACAUAAAUAUAAUGCAUAAAAAAUGCAUAUAUGUAUGUACGCACAGUCUUAUGUACAUGCAAAUGAAUUCAAAUAGACACUAAAAAAACUGCAUUCGAAUUAUUAGCAUAAACUCGUUCAUAAACUGUAAAGAUAGGCUUGGCCUUGGAAGAGUAUCGAUACAAUCCUUACACAAUUUUUGAAAUUUAAAUUUUGAAGGAAUGGAAAGGGUGGGUCUUACUUCCUUCUUAAUUAUUUCCCAGUGCCCUUUGGUCCUUCCUUAGUCUAUAAUAUGCGUGCAUAUAGACUCACGCGUACGUACUCACAGCCUGUAUUCUUGAAACUUUUAUUGCCGAAUUCUACCAAAUCCGUUCGCAUGAAAUGAAACUUCCCUCAGGCUACCAGUUAAGGAUACACAGUUUCCACAAGUCUUUCUAUUCUUUCACUUUCUUCUCUCUGACUUGAUCGAGUUACUCGAUUUUAAAACACCUCCUAAAUACAGUAAGGUUUCUGUUAAACAUGAAAACCUUAAGGCAGUGUCAAACCUGGGGGACUUCUUCCACCCUUACAAUCUUAGUAAUUGUAAUUGGAAUAAUUUCCCCAACACGGUCUGACAAGCUGGAAGACAAUAAUUGCAACAGAACUUGGGUUCUUGGCCAAGUCAGAGAUUACUUGGAACGGGACGAUUUUGCGGAAAUUAUGACCAAAGAAAUUUAUGGCGAACGGAUGAAUCCGCUCAUAUUUUGGAACAACUUACAAUUAAUAAGUAGCAAAUUUGACAUUUGCCACUCCGAUGAAGCAAUCUACCUUCGAAAGUAUUGCUACGAUUGGCCACAUACGGCACAGCAAGUGAAUGACGAUGUUGUCAAGAUUUUUGCAAAUGAGAUCCUAAUGUCUAGUAAGAAAAUAUGAUAGGACUUAAUCGCGAGUAUUUAAGGGGAGGCUUCAGAACUUUUCAUAAUUUAUUUUUAAAGGAAUGAUUUGAGUAAAAUUUGUUCGCAACAAAAACGAGAUAUUUGAGAAGUUGUAGUGGUUUCAUACUGUGUGAAUUUUAACCGGUAGAUAAAUAACGAAGGCAGUACUAUACUUUGGAAAAGGGGGAGGGGGGUAAAUGGCCCCACAAUAUAGUCAACUAUAUAUGAAAACUAUUGGAACCACAAUAUUCAGAAUUGGGGCACGAAUAUGACGUGCGUGGGCAUUGGGCAAGUGUUUUUAUCGAAUAUUGCCUACCUAAUUUUCGUAUGAAACUUGAAGCCUCCCCUUUAAAAAAACAAGACAAUAAUUUAUUUCACAAUUGUAACGUCCGGAUCGAAAACUACUUCCUCAACCAUUGUUUUAAAAAAACGACCUCGGGUUUUCAAAUACUGUAAACUUUAAAAAAUUGGUUGCGGAGGUUGUUUUAUAUCCCGACUUUGCAAUUUCGUUAUCAGUUUAUACAGACCCACACCCAUUCGUUUCGCAAUAGGUUGACUUCACUCGAGCCACGAAACGAUCUCCGCUAAAAUCUGGGAAGAUGGCGAUGCAUUAUUCGAACUGAUUACCCCGAUUCCAGUAAAGGAAGAUGACUUUACUUAUGCAUACUAUUACUUGGACAGCCUCCUGGCGAGACUGCUAGCCCCCUCGUAUGCGGAGGAAGUUGGAUGGAAUUCUACCUCUAACUCGGUUAUGAAGAUCAACUUUAGCAUGGCAAUAAAAGAACGGCUGGAAAAGGACGAAAUAGCAAAACGCGAGGACCAGGAAUGGAAGGCGAAUAUAACUGUCCAAGUUUCAAAUAUAACUGCCCAACUUUCAAACCUCACUGACCAACUGAAUAUAUUAAAAUACGAUAUGAAUUAUUUUCAUACAAACCUUUCUACACCAAUCGUACAUCCUGAUAAAGAAACAGCUUCCGAUUUUGAAAAAUGUUCGCCAAUAUGCGGACCGGUCUCCAUCGGAAGGUCUGGAUCUUUCACGGAUAAUAAACCAAUACGAGAUUGCUGCUACAUCAAUUACCAGUAUGUCGAUGGUUACUGUCAACAGCAUACACCUCUGUGGGCUGUCCAUAACCCAAUUGAAGCAUGUGACAGUUUAUGCAGCCACCGAGGAUUCGAGGACCAGUUAAACGUCUGUUGUGGCCGACAUGGUUUCGCAUUCGGAUUUUGCGAUAACUGGAACCACGCCGUUUGUUGGAAGUUCAUACAAUAAAUAUACGAAUAUACAAUAUGUUUAUUCUAAAACACAAAUAUCAUUUUUAUGAAUGACACAGCUUCAUGAAAUUCAAGUUUACCAAUUUAUGUAUAUCUUGCAUGCUUUAUUUCCCAACCAAAAUUGCAAAUG